AUGGCCUUCUCUGGUUCCAUUUCAUUCCCUUCCACCACGAUCUGCACACAAAAUGCAAUUCCAAAAGAUAAGUUCACCACCCAAGUUGCUGUCAGAACAAAUCUUUCCACUACUACUACUACUUCUCAUCCUCGCAUGUCUGUUGCCUGCAAAUACAAUGAAGCAGCCACCAUCCAAUCCCUCAACCUCUUCUCUGAACCCUCUCCCGACUCUAUGGAUGAGCUUCAGAUCAAGCACGUAGAGAAGUGCAUGGAAGCUAGGUCUACUUUGAAUAAACUCCAAGACCCAUUAGAGCGUAUGAUCAUGAUUGACGCUCUACAACGCCUGGGCAUCCAUUAUCACUUUGAACAAGAUAUCAAAACACUCCUACCCAACAAUCAUGGAAGCCUUAGUUCGCCCACUUACCCUUUUGGCGAUCAUAAUCUGCAUAACACUGCACUUCACUUUCGAUUGUUGAGACAAGCUGGGUAUUGGGUUCCUACAGAUGUGUUUAGCAGCUUCAAGGAUAAGAAGGGAAACUUCAAAGUAGAACUAAGAGAAGACAUAAGAGGAAUGAUGAGCUUAUAUGAAGCUUCACACCUCGGAUUAAAGGGAGAAGAGAUUCUCGAUGAAGCACAUGACUAUGCUCGCAUGUACCUUCUUGGUUCCCUGGUGAACCUCCCAUCAAACUUAGCUAGAGCUGUAAAGGAUACCCUAGAGAAUCCCUAUCACAUGAGCUUAGCUAGAUUCCAGAGCAAACGCUAUCUCUGUAGUUUCCAUGGCACAUACGGCUGGAUGGGUCUCUUACAACAACUUUGGAAGAUAGAUUUUAAUUUAGUCCAAUCCAUACAUCGACAUGAACUCCUUCAGAUUUUUAAGUGGUGGAGAAAACUGGGUCUAUCACAGGAGCUAAAUUUCGCUAGAAACCAACCAUUAAAAUGUUACAUGUGGCCCAUGAUGGUCCUCCCAGAUCCAAAGUUCUCAGAGCUUAGAAUUAAGAUGACCAAAAUCAUCUCACGUGUCUACUUGAUAGAUGACAUUUUUGAUGUUCAAGGGACAUUGGAUGAACUUGUUCUCUUCACCAAGGCCAUCAACAGGUGGGCUGCCAUCGAGGGACUACCAAACUACAUGAAAAUGAGUUUCAAGGUUCUAAAUGAAAUCACCAAUGAAAUUACUGAUAAAGUCCUCAGAGAACAUGGGUGGAGUCCUGUAAACUCACUAAGGAAUGCGUGGGGGAGCCUCUGCGAUGCGUUUCUGGUGGAAGCAAAAUGGUUUGCUUCAAAGCAGCAGGUGCCCAAGGCGAAAGACUACCUGGAGAAUGGGGUGGUGAGCUCAGGAGUGCAUGUGGCAUUACUUCAUGGGUUCUUUCUCUUGGGUGAAGGUAUAACUAAGGAGACUGUAGAUUGUAUGGCACAGUGUCCAGGCCCAGCUCUCAUAUCUCGCCCAGCCAGAAUCCUUCGUCUAUGGGAUGACUUGGGGAGUGCAAAGGAUGAGGGGCAAGAUGGACAAGAUGGGUCAUACUUGGAGUGCUACUUGAAGGAACACAAGGGUUCUUCAAUUGAGGAUGCACAAGCACAUGUUUUCCAUUUGAUUUCAGAUUCAUGGAAGCAACUCAACCAGGAAAUCCUAUCAUGGAACUCUUUCUUACUCUCACUUACCAGGGUCUCGCUUAAUACUGCAAGAAUGGUCAGUGUGAUGUAUGCUUAUGAUGACAGUCAACGUCUUCCAGCUCUUGAAGAGUAUAUCAAGUCAUUGCUCCAUGAGAGUAUUCCUUCGUAGUUAAAACCACGUUCAGAUUGUGAUCAAAACCAUACUUGUUUUUCCCCAUUCUCUCUCUCUCCCUAAGGGGUGUGUUGUAAAAAAGAGUAAUGGAACUUUUAUAUUAAUGGUCAAACAUAGUAAGGUAA